UUGGAUUGCUUUGUAAGGCACCUUUUUUUAAAAGAAAGAUUACAAAGUGCUUUCCAUAAGCAACAAAUCCACAACAAUGAAAGCAGGAAAAUGAAAACAUAUCAACAGUCAUAUAUAGGAACAGACAUUUGCUAUGAUACUGCAAAAGAUUAUGGUAAAAGGAUAAAAAGCACUUUUAAAAGACGAUACUGUACAUAUUAUAUACUUGUAUACAUUCAAAUUCUUGAACUGGUUUGAUUCAGAAUUUUGCAUCACACUUUGCUGGGCUUUCCUGCACUGUGAUGCUGAUGGGGUUUGUGACACGUAAUAUUCCAUACUGUAGGGUUUGGGUUUACUACGUAGCUUCAGACUCACUCAGACCAGAUUCAGACUCACUCAGACCUGGUUCACUUAUCAUACCUGAGAUUUUACUCGUCAGUACGACUUUGUGAAAGAACAGUUAAAGCCAUGUUUGCAAAGAUGGACAGGACAGAAACCACUGCUCAAAAUAACAAUGAGGAGAGACACCCUAGACAGAACAGCCGUGGUUUCUUCUCAAGUCAGUCCAGGACUGUGGACUCAGAGCAGGGUCACAGGGAUGCUCUGCUAAAUCAUAUAGACACACUGUGUGCGGCAGACAAAUCUCGGAACAAUGCUGUUUUAGAAAGACUUAGACGGCAGAACCUGCAAGGCUCCCCGGCCCCUUUACCACAACCUGCAAUUAUCCCUAGACAGAUGACAAUGUCAGCCUCCAGUGACGAUACCCUGAGGUUCGAUGCUAGCACUCCCACUGAGCUGAGAGAAAUCCCACUGAUCACAACUCCAGAUCAACAGUGGGACCCGACGUGGCUAGCUAAGGCGUUUGCCCCUCACAGGCCUUUUGCCCCUCCUCCAGUAAAUCCACGACCCAGGAGGAGAGUGUCCCGUCUCCCAGUGAUGCAGAUAAACUCCAACGUAGCAGAAAAAAACGUUGCUGGAGGAUACAGACUCCAGACCGCUGAGGGACAGGUGGAGAAAUUUUGGAAAGGACUGCAGCACCUACACCAAAACUUUGGUGCCAGCGUACCUCACCCCCCAACAGCUCCAAGAAGGAAAGAUUCUUUGGUACCUAUCCAUCCAGCCCCUCCUCCAAAACCGGCUCCAUCAAAGACAAUCAAAAGGAAAAUGGAGCCCCUUCGACCCGCUCCUACCCCACCAGAGACAACCUCAGCAUCCUACAAACAAACUCCCCCUAAAACACCUGCUCAAACCAACAGGACAAGAAAAAAUCGUUGCAUGCCUAAUCCCCCUCAGAGGACUGUUGCUGGAGGAAAGACAUCCUCCAAACCCGAGACAACAGAUUACAAGAACCUGGAGGAGUUGAAGCCGCUGCCUAGGCCUUUGGAUAGUUUGUCUCUCUGCUUUAAACUGAUGAGAAAUGAAGACUGGGAGAAGAGGACAGAAGGAUUAAAGCUGGUGCAAGCACUGGCCCAGCACCAUCCAGAUGUACUGAAGACCAAAUUACACGAAGUGUCUUACGCCGUGACAGAAGAAAUUCAAAAUCUGCGCUCGUCAGUGGCUGCUGUGGCGAUAGACACCAUGGUUUAUUUGUUUGUGUACCUGCACAAGGAUAUGAAUGUUCAGGCGGAGAAGAUUGGUAAUGCCCUGCUGCUGAAGAUUGCAAAGUCUACUGCAAAUGCCUUUAUUCAGCAGCAGACCAACAUAGCCCUAGAGGCCCUGGUGCGUAACUGCAACCCAGCUCCAGUGUUGAACGCUCUGCUGUACACAGGGUUGAGCCACCUGUGCCUUGCAGUACGAGAAGGAACCGCUCAGCACAUUCGACUAAUGGCUGACAUAAUGGGAACAGAAGGCAUCCUGACAUCAGGGAAGACCUUCAUCCGGCGCUUUGUGGAUGCUGUCAACAAAAUGGCUGUGGACUCUUCAAGCAAAGUCAGGGCCCACGGACUCGCCAUAUUCCAGGAGCUCAAGUUUGAGAAGAUCUUCAUGGAUCAGUGGAAAUUCCUCGUCUCAGACAAGGAUAAAUCCUUUGUGGAGAAGCACCUGAAGAAUAUGAGGAUGGCGUAAAUUAGGACUGGGUAGCAGGGCAGCAUGGUGGUGGUGGUUGCUUUUGUCAUUCUCAAUAAAAAUAAAUAAAUUUAAAAUUCA